GUCGCACAUCUGUGUCGUAGGCCAGUAAUGUCUUGAACAUGUAUCCCGUCUCUUUUAUACCGUUUACUUAUUAUGCAGAUACUGUUACAUUUUUGAGGCAAAUAAACAUACACCUUAACACCAUACAAUAAACCUUAAUGUUCGAUAAUAAAAUUCGAAAAUACUAAUAGACCCAGGCGCCACCUCGAGUCAAAUCAAACGGGGAGUUUAUGUUGUGUCUUGUGACCCAGGUUUCAGUUCCUGGCAAGGCUGCGUUUCCUUGUCGCCCUUGAUUACUGGAUUAUAUAUCAUUUGUGACAGAAUGUCGAAAAAAACAGGUAGAAAUUCAAAGACGGACGUGGACAGAGCCGCUAAAAGAGCAGCACAGAAUAUACGAAAGCAUAAACAGUCAAUGAGUUCCUAUUUAUCAGAAGAUGUGAAUUACGGAGGAUUUUCAAAUCAUCUCGCACUUUUGGGAUUGAAAUUGAGAGAUAUCCCCGGAGAUGGAAACUGUCUCUUUCGAGCUCUCGGUGAUCAAAUGGACGGUCAUUCAGAUAACCACCUUCGACAUAGAGAAGAAAUCGUGAAAUACAUGACUGAACAUAGGAGUGAUUUUGAACCAUUUGUGGAAGAUGAUAUCCCUUUCAAUCGUCAUGUUGAAAAUCUACGAAACCCUGGAACAUAUGCAGGAAAUGAUGCAAUUGUUGCAUUUGCCAGGAAAUACAAUGUCAAUGUGGUGAUUCAUCAACUUAAUGCUCCUAUUUGGACUGUGAAAGGCAAUGAACAGCCGAACUCCAGGCAACUACAUAUUGCAUAUCAUAAUGGAGAUCAUUAUUCAAGUAUUAGGAAGAUUAAUGACAACAGUAAUGGACCGGCUAAUGUGAAACUUGGUGAAUACAAGGAAACUGAAAAUCUUAUGCAAAGAAAGAAUGUGAAGAAACGAUCAGACAGUGUUUCUGAGUAUGAACUACAAAAAAUAAAACGAAUUAUUGAAGUAACAGGAUGUCAGGAUCGGAAGUUGAUUAGGAAAAUAUUGAAUGAAACUGGACAGGAUGAAGAUGAAACCGUCGGCCUCAUUCUACAAUCCUAUUUAUCAGAAGAUGAUGAAUCACCUAUGAGCUCGCCUAACCAGGAGAAAAAUGAUAAUAUAAAUCACAGAACAUCCAAUAAUUCAAUAUGGGAUAAGGAUGGUUCUGGAACAAGAAUAUUUGGUGGUCAUCAUUGUGCAACAUCCAACACAGGAAAACCAAAGAAGAAUAUAAAUGUGAACACUCCCCCUAAAAAGUUGACCAACCGGCAAAGACAGGAUCAAGCUCGACGAGAUAAGAAUAAGCGAAAAUCAGCAAGACGGAAAAACACACCAACCAGCGACUCUGAUGAAUCUGAGAUUAUGGUUAAAAAUCUAUCCAUGCUGAACAUAUAAUCACAGCCUUUUUUGUCAUUGCGUUUAAUAAUCACUGUGAUACCUUUUAGGAUAUGGUAUUUUACGUUUGGUAGAGUUUUUCAUUUGCAGGUAAAUCUGCACUUCUGGAUGCAGCCCAUAACGAAGUUUACAUUUGAACCUGUCCAACCACCACUUUGGGGGACUUUUUGGAAGGGAUGGAUUGUUCUCUCGAAUUCUUAUCCAUUUCAACCUGAGUGCGGAUUUCCGUCGAGCCCAAACUUUCUCCCUGCGCUCCUGAAAUCGUCUGUAAUAGGAAUAAUACAUUGAACUAGCAAGCUGGCCCAUUCGGGAAUGUAUGGUAGAUUCGUAUUGCAAUUUUGGGAUAAUAAAAUUUUUUGGUUAACAUGCUUUUUUUAAUUUCAUUUCUAUCAGUUAUGUUCAGUUCUUAAAAAGCAACAUUUGUUUUCCAUUUUUUCUUGCAAGGUAGUAAAUCCACUUCUUUCUGUAACCUAUGCUAUUAAUAAAUUUAAUUUUAUGCAGA